CGUGACCCGGAAGUGAUUUGGCAACGAGCGGCCGCGAAUGAGCGGCGCUUUCUCCUAAGACGCUUUGGCAAUUUUCCAAAACAGGAAAAUAAUCAAUUACGGAUUGAACAUUACAUCAACAUGUUUUACCAUAUUUCUUUGGAGCAUGAAAUCUUAUUACACCCGAGGUAUUUUGGCCCUAACCUCCUCAACACUGUGAAGCAGAAGCUUUUCACAGAAGUGGAGGGUACCUGCACUGGCAAGUAUGGCUUUGUCAUCGCAGUCACCACCAUUGACAACAUCGGGGCGGGUGUAAUACAACCGGGCAGGGGGUUUGUCCUCUACCCAGUCAAGUACAAGGCCAUCGUGUUCCGCCCAUUUAAAGGGGAGGUGGUUGACGCUGUGGUUACUCAGGUCAACAAGGUUGGAUUGUUCACAGAAAUUGGUCCCAUGUCUUGCUUCAUCUCUCGUCACUCCAUCCCUUCAGAAAUGGAGUUUGACCCCAACUCUAAUCCUCCUUGUUACAAGACAGUUGAUGAGGACAUUGUAAUCCAGCAAGAUGAUGAAAUUAGGCUAAAGAUUGUUGGAACAAGAGUGGACAAGAAUGACAUUUUUGCCAUCGGUUCUCUCAUGGAUGAUUAUCUGGGUCUUGUGAGCUGAUUCAACCCUGAGGGAGCACACUUCACAUGGGACAUUUUAUGUGGUAGCUUAGUUAUUUCAUUGUUAAAAUUAAUAUUUUUCUACACUGAUUGAUAUGGUAUGGUGACAGAUGGAGAACCCCUGUAACGACAAGUGACAUCAUUCUAUUAAAAUGCUGCACAGCUUACAUUUGUUUUAUUUGAACUAGUUUAAGAUUCAUAGAAAAUCCAGGAUAACGCUUGCUAAAUCUGUAGCAAGAUGGCAUACAAUGUAAAAGCAGCACAUUUAUUGUUUCUUUGUAGACUUUACAAUUUCUAUCUCAACUAUAUAUUGUUUUGUUUUUGUACACUGACUCUAAUAAAAUAUUUUAUUUGUU